GCAAAUUUAUCCUUACAAUUGUCAGAUUAUGAAUAUUAACUCAAUUAAUGGUGUUAUUUUUUUCUGUGGAACAUCUUUAAGAAUUGUAAUCAACGUCAUCGUCUCUUUUAGCGUUUAAUAAGUCAGCAUGCCAUGUAAUGGAAGUUGCGAAAAUCUUUUCUUCUUCCCAAUUAACAUGCCACCAGUGCUUCUCUCCCGUCAGAAGACUGGGGCCUCAACAUGGAGAUCUGUGACAUUGUCAAUGAAACAGAUGAAGGACCUAAAGAUGCAGUCAGGGCAAUAAAGAAGAGAAUUCUGGGAAAUAGGAAUUUCAAAGAGGUCAUGCUGGCUUUGAGUGUGUUGGAGGCCUGUGUGAAGAACUGCGGGCACAAGUUCCACAUCUACGUGUCCACCAGAGACUUUGUGGAGAACGUUUUGGUCCAAACAAUCCUGCCUAAAAACAACGCACCCAUGGCUCUUCAGGACAGAGUCUUGAUCAUGAUACAGGCGUGGUCCGAUGCCUUCCGCAGCUCUCCAGAUUUGACGGGUGUUGUAACCGUGUAUGAAGAUCUCAGGAGAAAAGGUGUGGAGUUUCCCAUGACUGAACUGAAUGGGUAUUCCCCUAUUCACACUCCCAACAGGACAGUUGAGUCCGCGCCUUCGGUAAGGGCGCAUGCAGAAAGUCACACCAUCAAAUCCUCACAGCCACAGAGUACAGAGACACCCGUCACACUGUCACCUCAACAGAUGAAGACAUUGAGGGCUGAACUGGAGGUGGUGCGUAAUAAUAUAUCUGUGAUGUCAGACAUGAUGAGUCAGAUGGAGCCUGGAAGUCUCGAGCCGACGGACACAGAGCUGCUACAGCAGCUGUACUCCAUGAGCAAGGACAUGCAGGGCCGGAUGGUGGAGCUCAUACCCCGACUGACAGAGGAGCCGCUCAUAGAGCAGUUACUCACUGCCAAUGAUGACGUUAACACCACGUUUGCACAAUAUCACAGAUUUGAAAGACAUCUCAACCGACAGAGCAGUGCACAGUCUAAUCCAGCAAAUCCAAAAGCACCAAAUAGUGCCCACAAUGCAGUCAGCCAAUCAACAGUGACCACACUAUCCAAUCAGAUGGCAGGAUUGAGCACAAAAACAGAUGCGCUAAAACUAAAUAAAAGCAGCUCAUUACAAAAAAGUCCAGAAAGCUGUGCAGCUCUCGAGGGACCGGCAGCCACACAAAGACAGCGACAGGACACUGGAGCGGAUGACAGCCUAGACUCCACCUCCCUCGGCAGCUCACCUCAGUUUCAUUGGAUGCUUGAGAGGGGAAUGAUCCCUGUCAGUCAGACUGAAGUGAUGGAUGACAUUGAGCAAUGGCUUGACAUGGAGGAUGAAGAUGACUCAGAGGGGGUGACUAGUGAAGAGUUCGAUAAGUUUCUAGCGGAGAGAGCGAAAGCAGCCGAACGUCUUCCUUCAGUAAAAGCGUCACCCCACGACCCCGGCCGUUCACAGCUGUAGCUCUGGAUUGGAUUUACAUCUCGACGUAAAACAUUUGUUUCAGUUAACAACCAUGUUCUUACUUUUCGGGUUGUGUAUAGUAAUUCUGGUUUAUUUCUAACCAUUUUAGGAACCUAACUUUAGGUGCGGGUUAUGUGGAUGUUUCAUAUUACACUAAUUUUGAUUUUGCAGAUGCCAUCUUAUGAAAUAUUAUUUAUAACUAGACACUAAUUUCUUCAGUAAUGUUGUUUCAGUUGUAGAGGUCAUUUUCUUUCAUUGUUUAAUGGAGAAAGCCUCAAUGGUGACACAUGAAGAACUUUAUUUAAAGCGAUACUCCACUUUUUUUGGAAAUAGGCUCAUUUUACAACUCCCCCAGAGUUAAA